AUGGAGUCACAGUUACGAAACCAAAAACCUCGAAUUAUUUAUGUUGCUGGUGGGCCAGGCAGUGGCAAAGGUACCCAAUGUGCUAUUAUGGUCAAAGAGCUCGGCUACAAUCACACGUCAAUUGGAGAUCUUAUGAGAGCUGAAAUCAAAGCUGGCUCGCAAGAAGGCAAAGCAGUUGAAGCAAUAGUUAAAUCAGGAAAUUUAGUUCCAAAAGAACUCACUGUCUCUCUUCUCCUCAAAGCUUUACAGAAGAUGAAAGCCAAUACUAUCUUAAUUGACGGCUUUCCUCGAAGCAACGAACAAGCAGUUUAUCUUGAACAAAUAACCCAACCAAUUGAUUACAUUUUAUUAUUUGAUACAGACCAAGAAGAUGUGCUAGUUAACAGACUUAUAGAAAGAGGUUUAACAAGUGGAAGGGCUGACGACAAAGCUGAAACCAUCAGAUAUCGUUUUCAGGUUUAUAAAAAUGAAAGCGCGCCUGUCAUUUCUCUGUAUGAUCCUUUUAAUGUGAUCAGAAGGGUUGAAUGUUUAGCACCUAUAGAAGAAGUAACAAAAAGGACAAUCAAAGCUUUGAGGCCUGAAGUAUAUUUUGUGAUUGGGCCGAAGUUUUCUGGGAAAAGUACAGUUUCUUCAUAUCUGGUAUCUAGAUUUCAGCUGCAUUAUAUUAGUUUGGAUGAGAUUAAAAGAAAAGGAAAAGGGAAAAAUGCAGUGACUCUUACGAAUGAUUAUGAAAUUGCAGACACAUUGAUAAGCACGCUGCAGCAGCUCAGAAACCAAUAUAGAGUAGUAAUAGAAGGAUUCCCUGAAAAUCUCAUCCAAGCCAAAAGGUUUACAAAAAUCCUUGGAGACCCUAAUAGAGUGAUUUAUUUGAAAUGCUCAAAAGAUGUAGCCCAGCAAAGACUUUUAGCUAUUGGCAAGCAGUCUUCUGUCUAUAUAUGCCCACCUGAAUUUAACGCGAUUUAUGAAAAAUUCUCAGCAGCAAUCCACGAUAUUUCAACUUAUUAUAAAAACUUAGGCGACCAUUACGGAGAAAUUCAAGUCAAUGAUAAAGAAGUUGACUAUAUAGCAGAUAAAGCUUCAAAGAUUAUCCAGCCAAAGGUCAUCAUGAUAAGAGGGAAAAUCUGUCAGCCAUUUUUGAAAUAUAUUGAAGCUAAAGGAUAUAAACUUGUAAAUGCAUGCCAUUUAUUAGUGCUGUGAAGAGAAGCAAGAGGACUUUCUAAUACAGUUGGAAUUGAAGAGCCUUCAGAUGAUAGAGAGCUAAUUUCCAUUCUUAAAAAUGUGCUUUUUAGCGGCAAUGGAGUAAGCAAGUUCGCGAUUUAUAAUUUUGCUUUGAAAAACGCAAGCUUAAUAAUGGAAUUUGAAGGGAUGGUUUGCGAUAUUUCUGCUGUAUAUUAUUUAUAUUCACCUCCAUUUCCAAAAAUAGAUGAUGAAGCCACUCAUUGUCUUUUUUCCAUGGGAAAAAUGCACUUUAUUGACACUUACAAAGUAAGCAGAGGGUCAAAUUUGACUGAUAGCGAUAAAAGUUAUUUUGAUAUGGUUAUGAAAGAAACUCAUGAAAAAUCAAGAUCCUGGGUAAUCUUAGUAAUCGGGCCAACUCUAAGUGGAAAAACUGAGAUAAGUAAUUUUAUUUCGCAAAAGAUGGGCUAUCCUCUUGUUAAUUACAACACUAUUAUUGAAGAAACGAAAGUGCAGCUAUCAACAGAAGAGGAGCCAAAAGAAUCUUUAACUUAUUCUGAGUUUCUUAGUGGCGUCCAGAAAUACUUACCCCUCCAUAAGCGAACAAAAAAUGUUGUUCGCUCACGAGAGGGGUUAAUUUUUUUUUUAAAGUGUAAAAAAUUACACUUGUGUGUAAAAAUUGAGAAGUAAAAAUUAAUUGAAUUUGUAAAAAAUUUAUGUUUUAAGUUGAAAUUUAUUUUAAAUUAAAUAGAAUUAGCUCGAGAUUUUCAUUAUACUAAUUAUCACUUAUAUGUCAAUUCUUUUUUAACAAAAAAUUUUUCUAUAAAAAAAGGGAUUUUUUCAAUGGCUUUGUUCGCUCAAGGAAGGGGGGAGAUAGCAAAAUUUUCAAAUAAAUUUUUGGUUUUUGAUGGCUUGCCACCUGCAGACCAAAUGUUCGCUGGAAAGGAUGAAACUUUCCCAGAAUUCCAAGCUCCAGAAGGAGAAAUCGAAGAAGAAGCAGCAAUAAGCAUGAAAUCAGAUGAAGUAGCAAAAAGAGCUAACGCAUUUAUUGAGAAAUUGCCAUUAUUACUCACCAUCGAGCUUGAAUGCACAUUUGAGGCUUGUGAAAAAAGAUACAGAGAAAAAAAUGAAGUCAACCCAGAUGAUGUCCUUCCUGCAGAAAGCCGAAAAGAAAUUCUUGAAACAAUAAAAGUCCAUGAAAAAAUUUCUAAAGGCAGUGAUUUAAUGCCCCAUAGAAUUCCACGCUCCCUUGCGGUUGAUUCUUCAUCAAAAACUCUACCUCAGAUAAAAGCAACAAUAUUAUCUAAUUUAGAAAGAAGAGUUAUUUUGAUAAGAGAAUCUUGGCUUCCACCAGAAGUUUUAAGCAUGCUUUACUGGAAAAACCAGCUUUUCCACAUUGAAAUGCAAACAAUUCUCCAAAAAGGAGAGUCUAGACUUGACGAUAUUGGGGAAAAGCUGAGAAGAGGGGUUUAUGACCCUAAAAUACGUGUAGAGUUAAUAAAAGAAGAAAUUGAAUCACGCCCAUUGAGAGAUACAAUCAUAAUUAUUUCUGGAUUUGAAGUCAACGAAACUGAUGAGUAUCUAAGCGGCUUAGAAGAACUUAUUCUAAUAGAAAGAGAAAUUGGCAGAGUCCAAGCACUUAUUACUUUCAGCGAUGAGCUUGAUGAAGUUGAUAUUGAAAUGAUUCCUGUGAGAAAAAGAAAGCCAAAAGUCAAGAAAGAAAAAGAAGAAGACAAAGACGAAAAAGAUGAAAAAAGCUCAGAUGAAGAAGAACAGAAAUCAAUCAGCAUAAGAAAAGAAAUUGAAGAGAUCCCUGAGGAAGUUCAUAUGUGGAAUAACAGCCAAAGAUCGAAUUUUAGUAAGGUUUUUCAUCAUUAUCAAGGAGUCAGAUCUCAGCUGAGAAGAGUUGAAUUAAAAGGGGAAGACAUGCUCAGCACUAUUUUGAAAACCCUGAGAAGGGUCAUAGAAGAAAAAGAUAUCAGAUGGAAUAUUCAGUUCUUACUUGAUGACUCAGAUUCAAGGAUUUUGCAAUCAGAAGUGUUAGGGAUUCAGUAUCCACCAACAGCUCCGUUUCAGCAAAUACUUCCACUUGAUAUCAGGAAUUUGGGGAAAAAAUAA